CUCAUACACACACACACUCACACACAUACACACUCACACACAGCUGUUACAGUAAAACACAGCCCGCGGCUUUAAUCCCGGUUUCAGCGGAUUGACAUGAACACGCACGACGGGCUCAUGCGCGUGCGCGAUUCUUGAUUGAUUAGUCCGCGGCGGCGAGGGCAUCGAUCAGGCACGCGAGCAACUCACCGAUCGGUUUCCCGUUAUGCGGACGCUGCGGGGCGAUGAUGUCACCUGUGGUUCACGCUCUCGACAUCUGAUCAAUAGAUCGAUAUCUGUCGGUAUGGAUCAUUAAGUUGUCACAGUGACGUCACCGUUGGAUCAAUAUCGCCUGAGUUCGUGCUGAUAUGGAGUCCUAUCUGGACUUUGAGGAGUGCAUCAAAGACUCACCUGUGUUCAGACUGAGUCUGGAGCAGUUUGAGACCGACGUCACUCUGCUGGAGACGCAGGUGGAAAAGGUGAUGAAGCUGUGCAGUAAGAUGGUGGAGGCGGGGCAAGCGUACAACUCAGCCAAUCAGCUGUUCCUGGCCGGCCUGGCUGAGUUCUCCAUGUACCACAGGAAGGACGGCGCCAUGAUGAACUGUCUGAACCAGUUCAACCAGGGCCUGAAGGAGAUGAUCAACUUCCACACGAUGCUGUUUGAUCAGACUCAGAGAGCCAUCAGCCAGCAGCUGACCAACCUGUUCACACAGUUUCUGCCCCAGCUGGCGGAGACGCGGCGGGAGUUUGUGCGGAUCGGAGACGACCUCGAGACGGCGGCGCAGAAGAACGCUCAGAUCUCCCGACACAAAGCCACCGACGCCGAGCGAGCGAGCCACCUGCUGCUCGCAACACGCAAGUGCUACCAGCACUUCGCCCUGGACUACUGCCUGCAGCUGAACACCUUCAAGACUCAGCAGAAGGUCGACAUCUUAAACUCUGUGUUCUCCUACUUCCACGCUCAGUACACCUUCUUCCACCAAGGCUUCGACCUGCUCAGAGACCUGGAGCCCACCAUGAAGAGCAUGGCAGCUCAGUUGGCCCAGCUGUCUGCAGACUGUGCAGCUAAAAGGAAAGAUCUGGAAAACUCUCACCUCCUGGUCCAGCAGAGAGACGCGUCAGGCGAGCCCGUCAUCAGCCUGUGUCCCGGAAACGACGACAUCAUCCAGGGUUACCUGUUCAAACGCUCCAGGAGGAAAAGCAAAACCUGGAAGAGGUGCUGGUUCUCCAUCAAAGACAACCAGCUGCUCUACACAAAGUCCCACAAGGAGGAGCAGAUGGUUCUGUUCGAGGAUCUCAGACUGUGUGCCGUCAAAUCUGUGGAGAACAUCGACCGGCGGUUCUGCUUGGAGCUGCUCUCCGUCCAGAAGUGCUGUGCUCUGCAGGCGGACUCAGAGGAGUUGCGUCAGGCGUGGCUCAGCGCGCUGCAGGGCAGCAUCGACCUGGCCUACAGAGACAGAGACACACAACACACACAGCCCAAGGAGCCCCCUCCCGCCCUGAGUAGCGGGGGGGACGUCCCGCCCGGCCCAGGCCCUGGCUCUGGCCCUGGCCCUGGCCCUGCCCCUCCCCGCCCCCCCGCCCUGGCGGUGGCCCUCAGUGGCCCUGGGAACCUGCACUGCUGUGACUGCGGGGAGGAGGAGCCGCGCUGGGCCUCGGUCAACCUGGGCAUCACCAUGUGUAUCGAGUGCUCUGGGAUCCACAGAAGUCUGGGAGUCCACGUGUCCAAAGUCAGGUCUCUGACUCUGGACUCCUGGGAGGCCGAGCAGCUGAAGCUGCUGUGCAUUCUGGGAAACGACGCCAUCAACCGGAUCUACGAGGCUCGGUGUUCAGAGGAAGGAGGAGUCAAACCGAGUCCCGACAGCCCGCGUCCGGAGAAAGAGGCGUGGAUCAAAGAGAAAUACGUGGAGAAAAGAUUUGUGCAGGACGGCAGCGGCUCUGACAGAGCUCAGCGAGGGAACGCCACGCAGAGCCUGUACCAGGCGGCGUUGCUAGGCGACCUGGUUGCCAUGGCGGCGGCAUUGGCACAGGGCGCCGAGGUCAGCGGCAGCGUCGCCGAGGAGGAGGGACGGACGGCGCUGAUAGGAGCCGCCGUCGGGGGGUCGCUGCCGGCCUGCGAGUUCCUGCUGCAGAACGGAGCCAACGUCAACCACCGAGACCUGAGGGGACGAGGAGCGCUGCACGCCGCCGCCACUGCCGGACACACCGGACAGGUGUGUCUGCUCCUGAAAAGAGGAGCCAAUCAGUACGCUGUGGACGAGACAGGACAGGACCCGCUGGCCAUCGCCGUGGAGACCGCCCACGCCGACAUCGUCACCCUGCUCCGCAUGGCCCGGAUGAACGAGGAGAUGAGAGACUCCGAGGGAUUCUUUGGAUCCAUGGGAGACGACGAGACAUUUCAGGACAUCUUCCGGGACUUCAGUGACAUGGCAUCCCACGACCCGGAGAAGCUGACCCGCCGGCAGUUCAGCCGAGGAGGAGGAGAGGAGGGGGAGGGAAGGGGAGGAAGAGGAGGAGGAGGAGGAGGAGGAGGAGGAGGAGGAGGAGGAGGAGGAGGUGGGGAGCUGGUGAACAGCCAACAUGACGAUGAAAAGACGACAGAAUAGCAGCAGGAAGAUCAAUAAAGUCAUUAAACUCUAGAUGUCCACUUGAACCCCUCUAGUUGCCAUGGUAACCCUUGGUUGAAAACCGCUCUAGAACCUGACAGAGUUGCCAUGGUAACCUUUUUUUUUUUUUUUUUAAACUAUAGAAUACGAAUGAGUUUCUAUAGUAACUGUUUUUUUUUUUUUUAAACCCCUGUGGAACUUGACUGCGUUGUCAUAGUAACAGUUUGAUAAAACCCCUCUCAAAUAUGACUGAGUUGCCAUGGCAACAGUUUGGUAUAACCCCUCUGAAACAUGACUGAGUUGCCAUGGCAGCAGUUUAUGGGAACACUGACCCUAAGCUCCUAGCGACAGCUGAUUGACAGCUCUGCGACAGCUACGUAACAGAUACUGAACCGUUUGUAAUUAAACACUCAGAGAUAACACAUAGUGCAGUUUGUUGUCAUGGUAACCAUGUAACCUUACAGGAAGUAAAGCAGAGUGUCUGCGUCCUCCACACCAAACAUCCCAACACUGUAACUCGACUUUCUCCCCGAGAAAAGCUCUGAGCUCCUCUGACGAGUCGACUGAAACACAGCAGAUCAAACUGCUUGUCCUCCUGCUCGAGCUUUUCAAGAGGAAGAUAACGUCUGUUUACUCUAAAAAAAAGAAAAAAAAAAAAGAAAAAAAAGAAGUAGUAGUAGUAGAGCGGCACAUGAGUUGAGCUUCCACUGAACUGGUGAUCUGGUGUUUUUCCAGUUCGCCCAGUUUGAGUGCAGCUCCGGGCUCCGCUCGCCGCACAGAGCAGCUCACUGUUACCGUCUGAAUGACCAAAUAUUUGGCCCUGUUACUAUAAAACAGAUUUACGUAUUAUUACUAUUGAAAUAACUGUGUCAGGGGAAAUCCACUGUGAGUCUGAAACAUUUUUAUUAUUAUUAGUUUAUUAUUUGUAUUUUAUUUUAUGUUAUUGGCCUGGACCAACACAAAAAGGGAAAAUCAGACCUAAGACAGAAUUCACGUCACUGUUUUUUCCACACAUGAAGUGAACGUUUUUCAUGGUCGUUUAUAUUUUAAGUGAGUUUCAUGACCGUGGAAAUCUGCUGAAACUCUCCUCUAUUUUAUUAUUAUUUUUUAAAUAGUUAUCAGAGGAUGAAAACUGAAACGUCCUCCUCUGCAGUGGCACCGCUCCCAUCUGCCAGCUGCUCUCUCUGAUGUGUGUGAUUUCUGCUUUAGGCGGAGUUUCCCUCUUUUAAUUCUUUUAAUCCUGCAGACUGGUAAAUAUGCAAUGCUUACUGCUCAAUAAAAUGUCUUAAUCCAAUUUCA